GGAGGAAGCGGCGGAAAGCGGAAGCGGCGGCCGGGUCUGGCUCGGGAGGAGGGAGAGGAGCAGGGCGCGGCCCCUGCCAUCCGUCCGUGCCACACUUCCCCUGAUGGUCGGUCUCUUCCUCCACCUCCCCUAGGGCCGCCCGUGAGUGGGGUAGACGGAGCCGGAGCGAGGCAGGGCUGCGCCGGAGGGAGAGCUCCCUUCCCAGCCACCCCCCGCGAGCCCCCCCCCGCGCCGCUGUUCGCGGAGCAGCCCCAGCAUGGAAGCCAUCGCCAAGUACGAUUUCAAAGCCACCGCGGACGACGAGCUGAGCUUCAAACGGGGGGAUAUCCUCAAGGUUUUGAAUGAAGAAUGUGAUCAGAACUGGUACAAGGCAGAACUCAAUGGGAAAGAUGGCUUCAUUCCCAAGAACUACAUCGAAAUGAAACCACAUCCGUGGUUUUUUGGGAAGAUCCCCCGAGCAAAGGCUGAGGAGGUGUUAGGCAAACAGAGACACGAUGGUGCCUUUCUCAUCAGGGAGAGUGAGAGUGCUCCUGGGGACUUCUCCCUCUCUGUCAAGUUUGGAAAUGACGUGCAGCACUUCAAAGUGCUCCGAGAUGGGGCUGGCAAGUAUUUCCUCUGGGUGGUGAAGUUCAAUUCUCUGAACGAGCUGGUAGAUUAUCACAGAUCCACUUCUGUCUCCAGGAACCAGCAGAUAUUCCUCCGGGACAUUGAGCAGGUGCCACAGCAACCCACAUACGUUCAGGCCCUUUUUGAUUUUGACCCCCAAGAGGAAGGUGAACUCGGCUUCCGCCGUGGAGACUUUAUCCAGGUCCUCGACAAUUCUGAUCCCAACUGGUGGAAAGGAGCCUGCCAUGGACAGACGGGCAUGUUUCCACGCAACUACGUGACCCCAGUGAACCGGAACAUCUAGAGAUAAAUAUUAGAGAUUAUUUAAAGAAAACCAGAGAAACAGUAAAUACACAUACAAAGUCCUAACUACAGCUGGAGAUCUAAAAUCACAAGAUGGUAAAACAUGAUUCACUUCUUACCACAGUGAUCUUCCUUCACUCAGUAUGGAACUUUGGGGGUGGGAGGGAGAGUUCAACUUACAUGCCAAAAUUUACCUUUAAAUUAAACAAUUAAUAGAUUUCCUCAGCUGCUCCUGGGUUUGUCCCAUUCAAUCUCUUCCUCCCCCGCACCCUCCCCCCCCAGCCCCUUCACCUCCUCUGUCCAUCAGUGCAUGAAGUUUUAAUGCCAUAUAAAGUCCUAGCCAUGCUGGAAAAAGGAAAAGGGAGAAACUCUGCUGGUAUUUUCUCUCUAUGCAAACAGUCUUCAUUUGACAUGGAAGGACUUGAGAGAAGAACCAAAUCUACUGUCCUGCCUUUAAAAAAACAGCUUUUCGCCUUCAGCAUUUAGCUCUUUUUGGUUGGGAAAAGAUGGUGUUUUCUUUAUUUUUCCUUCUCCUUCGCCACUCUCCACUCUGAAGCUGCUGAGCUUCAGAGCAGAGUGCAGGAAACAAGCUUUUUUCCACAGUCAGAGAGCUGCUUUGAGAAAAUUCAAACUACAAUCAGAGUCUGUUCCCUUUUAUUUUCAUGACCGCUUUUUUCUUAAAGGUGUAAGGUUGAGCACAGUCUGUAAUUUUUUUCCAUAGUGCCUUUUCCUUUAUUUUCUUAUUAUUUUUAAGUUAAAAGGACAGUCCAGAGGUUUUUUCUGCAUACGUGUAAAUAUUUUAGGAGGGUAAGGGGGGUAGUUUUAUCAAUGAAUAUUAAAAGACAUCCACAAAAAAGAUGGAGCUUUAAUAUUUGUCUUACCAUCUGACCUUAUUUAAAACAAAAAACAAAAAAACAAGGCAUACACAGUAUUGUAAGUAGCAGCACAGAUUGCUCAGAGAUGAGGAACUGCAGCCAGGAGCCACAGGAAACAGGAAAGAAGGAUUGCAUCAUUAGGUCUGUUUAUAGAAUCUAGAAAGCUGGGAUCGGUAGGACCUCAAUAGGUCAUCUAGUCCAGUCCCCUACACUAAGCCAGGACUAAGUAUUAUGAGCAAUGGACAAGCAUUGAGCAAUGUUUUAUCAGAGCACCAUGGCGGGAGAUGAUAGUUCUGAGGUAUCUGAGGAAAUGUCCGUUCCUCUUGGCAGGAAGCUUUAUAUUACAGGGAAACCUCAAAAAUAGUUCUUGAGUACACUUUCAGCUAUUAGUGAAUGUUCAUACAUGCACAUGGAAUCAACAGUUUGACUCCCUUCAAGCUGGGUGGGAAUAUUUGCAAUCACGUUUUGUUCUUGAAAAGAGGAGGUGGCAUCACUGUUCUCCACUUUUUCCCAACCCCGUCCUCCUUAUGCCAGUGUUACAUAAUUUAAGAAGUGGAUUCUUUCUUUUCACUCCCCGUUCCCAGCAGGCUGUAUGAUGACUGCAUUCCCCCUUCCCUCACCGCAGUGGCGUUCAUUAAUGUCAUUAGCUCCUUCGCCAGAGCAGUUUGAUGUUGAUUUGACAAAGGAGAUAAAUCAAACUACAGAGCUUUGUGCCAAUCUUCAGUUGCGUUGUUUGCUCUGGCAGCCAUGUAGCUGAACCCUUCACCCCAACAAUAACCUCCCUUCCCAAACUGCAACUGAAAUCUCCUGCCCAAGUGGAGACGUUCCUGCAUUGGCAGGUGCCUUUUUUGUACUAAGUGUUACAGAUGUUUUAUUCCUGAGACGAACUUUGCCUUACACUUCAUUUCUCCAGCAGAUGAAAGAGAGAGCUACCCUGUAGAGUUAUUACUUUCUCUCCCUGUCCUUGCUAGCUGUCAUUCACUCUGUCUUCUUUCUAAAAUGAUUGGAAAAAGAAUCUAUGGCAUUCUACACCUGGACCAUUUGAUUGUUUCCUUAUUUUGAAAUUGGUGUAUAUCAUGCAGCCUUGCAGACAUAUGUCUUGUGUGUACAUAUAUUAAAAAAAAUCAGUGUUUAAAUAAAAAUGGCCUAUGUACUUAAUCCUCUAACUCUGCAGCAGCAUUUGGUAGAUAGUAAUUAACUGUGAAUAAUAAAUAUACAAUGAAUUCUUCACUUUA